AGAGAGCGAGCGCCUCUGGCAGCUGUCUUGCUUGAGAAAGGGAGUGACCGAAGAGGCUGGCCAGUGAAGGGACAGAAUGGUUCAGACGCCUCUGCCCACGGGACCCACGACAAGGGAGAAACUCUAGGCUUCGGCCACUCUGCCGGGUAAUGGCUGAGGCUGGAGCGAUUCCUUAAAAUCCCCAAAGGCUCCCUGCACCGUCUCUAAGGGACAUCCCAGAAGUUAGCAUCUGCCAGACUUGGAAGCUCGGAUCUCAACAACGUGUCCCAGUUAUGGCUGGCGAUUCUAGGAAUGCUAUGAACCAGGACAUGGAGAUCGGAGUCACUCCCCGGGACCCCAAGAAGAUUCCCAAGCAGGCCCGUGAUUACGUGCCCAUUGCCACAGACCGCACUCGCCUGCUGGCAGAAGGCAAGAAGCCCCGGCAGCGCUACAUGGAGAAGAGCGGAAAGUGCAACGUGCACCACGGCAAUGUCCAGGAAACCUACCGCUACCUGAGCGACCUGUUCACCACCCUGGUGGACCUCAAGUGGCGCUUCAACCUGCUGGUCUUCACCAUGGUCUACACCAUCACUUGGCUGUUCUUCGGUUUCAUUUGGUGGCUCAUUGCUUACAUCCGGGGUGAUCUGGACCACGUUGGUGACCAAGAGUGGAUUCCUUGUGUUGAAAACCUCAGUGGCUUCGUGUCUGCUUUCCUAUUUUCCAUUGAGACCGAAACGACCAUCGGGUAUGGCUUCCGCGUCAUCACUGAGAAGUGUCCCGAAGGCAUCAUUCUGCUUCUGGUACAGGCCAUCCUGGGCUCCAUCGUCAAUGCCUUCAUGGUGGGCUGCAUGUUUGUCAAGAUCAGUCAGCCGAAGAAGAGAGCGGAGACCCUCAUGUUUUCCAACAACGCGGUCAUCUCCAUGCGGGACGAGAAGCUGUGCCUCAUGUUCCGCGUGGGCGACCUUCGCAGCUCCCACAUCGUGGAGGCCUCCAUCCGCGCCAAGCUCAUCAAGUCUCGCCAGACCAAAGAAGGGGAGUUCAUCCCCCUGAACCAGACGGACAUCAACGUGGGCUUCGACACUGGCGACGACCGUCUCUUCCUGGUGUCGCCGCUCAUCAUCUCCCACGAGAUCAACGAGAAGAGCCCUUUCUGGGAGAUGUCUCGGGCUCAGCUGCACCAGGAGGAGUUUGAAGUCGUGGUCAUUCUAGAAGGGAUGGUAGAAGCAACAGGCAUGACUUGCCAAGCACGAAGUUCUUAUAUGGAUACGGAGGUGCUUUGGGGCCACCGAUUCACACCAGUUCUCACCUUGGAAAAGGGCUUCUAUGAGGUAGACUACAACACCUUCCAUGACACCUAUGAGACCAACACACCCAGCUGCUGUGCCAAGGAGCUGGCAGAAAUGAAGCGGGAAGACCGACUCCUCCAGCUCCUCCCUAGCCCUCCCCUGGUGGGCGGUUGUGCCGAGGCCAGGCAGGAAGCUGAGGCUCAGCAGGAUGAAGAGGAUGAGCCCAGUGUGCUGAGUGGGUCCCAGGAGACCAGGGGCUCCGUGUGAGGGCUGUGCUCUCCCUACAGCUUCCAUGACACACGCUACAGAGCCUGAAAGCAGGAAGGG